UUGGGUUAUUUUUACUUUCUGGAUCCAGUUCUUCCUGUACAACAAGAGAACUGUUCGGUUCUGCACACGUGUAUUGUAUCUAGGAUAUACUGUGACAUAUUUAACAUGUAGAGGACUGCUUGCCAUCAGGGGGAGGGGGGAGGGAUGGAGGAGAAAAGUCAGAACAGAAGUGAGUGCAAGGGAUAAUGUUGUAACAAAUUACCCAGGCAUGGGUUGUGUCAAUAAAAAGAUAUAAUUAUGAAAAAAAAUAAAAGUACACAAGAACAUGAAGGUGAAAGCAAAGGGAAAAAAAAAGAAUGAUGCCUCAGGAAGUUCAUAGAGGGGUAGUAUCAAAAACUGUAGAGCUGUCAAGAAGAAUGAUGUCCAUUGGAUUUGUUUAUGUAGUGUAAUACAUAGCAAGUACUUGUUACAUUUUUGGUUGAUCAAUGAAUAGAAGCUAGAUUGCAAGAAGUUGAAUGAAUAAUGAAAUAGUAGAAGUAUUAAGUACAGGAUGGAUUGAAGUGAUAACGAAAAUGAUUUUUAAGAUUAGGAAGACCUGAACAUUUUUUCAAGGUAGGUAUAUUAAUCAGAGGGAAAGAUUAAAGAGAGAAGGAGGCAUGAUGAGACAAGGAGACAAAGUGGUGAUGAUUACUUGGAGAAUAGUCCUGUAAGAAAGAGGAAGAAAAAGUGCAGGAAUUAAUCAUCGUAAAGAAUAGGGAUUCCUCAUCUUUUGAGACAGGAUAGAAAAGCAAUGUUUUUCAAGUAAGGAAAAGACAUUGAUUAACCGAAAACUGAAGAAAAUACUCCAAAAUGAGAGAAUCACGUGAAAGAAAGUAGAGGAUAGAAUGGCUUUUAAGGGGAAAAAUAAAUAGAUUAAUUUGGCUAGAGAAAAGAUAAAUGGAAGAUUUCGUAAGGAGCCAUUAAAGUUACCAUUUAAGAAAAUUCAGAGCUGAAGGUGAACAUGGCAGAAGAAGAAGAAGACUAUAUGUCUGAUUCCUUCAUUAAUGUGAAAGAAGACAUCAGACCUGGAUUGCCCAUGUUGAGGAGAAUCAAAGAGGCUCAUCAAAAAGAAGAAAAGCAUCGGGAAGCCAAUCUAAAAAACAGACAAAAGAGCUUAAAAGAAGAGGAAAAAGAAAGACGUGAUAAUGUUUUGAAGAGUGCUUUGGGUAGUGAAAAUAAAGGAUUUGCUUUGCUUCAAAAGAUGGGGUAUAAAAGUGGACAGGCUCUUGGCAAGAGUGGUAGUGGCAUUGUUGAACCCAUUCCUCUAAACAUCAAAACAGGAAGAAGUGGCAUUGGUCAUGAGACGUUAAUAAAACGGAAAGCUGAGGAAGAAUUGGAAAAUUACCGAAGAAAAAUCCAUUUGAGAAAGCAAACUGAAGAAAAAGCUGCAGAUCAAUUUCGAUUGCGACUCAAAAGUAAAAAAGAAGAACUUAAGUUAGAAAGUGAUCUUAAAAGAAGCCAGAGAGCCUGCCAUCAAUUAGACACACAGAAGGAUAUUCAAGUUCCCAGGGAGCCAUGGUACUGGUUCAUGCCAGAAAAAGAGGAACAGGAAGAUGAAGAAGAGAAAGGAGAGAAAGAACAGGAAGAAGAUGAAUAUGGUUGUGAAGAAUUAAGUGUAUUAGAAAAAUUAGAAAUUCUGACAAGAUAUUUAAGAGAAGAACAUCAGUAUUGUAUUUGGUGUGGAACAACCUAUGAAGAUGAGGAAGAUUUAUCUUUGAACUGCCCAGGACCAACCUCUGCAGAUCAUGACUAAAAAAAUUUCCUAUUAAAAGGGGACCUAGAAAAUGUCAGUGUUUCUUUAAUACUUUGUAUGGUUGAACAUUUUAAAUUUCACAUUUAUUGAUCAGGGCAAUUCAGAAAACCAGACUAUAAAGCUAUAUUUUUCUGCAAGAGUCAUUCAUCAGUUUGUGAAAAUAGUAAGAUGCUGUUUAAAAGCAAAAAAAAAAAAAAAAAAAAAAAUGCCAUGGAAAAGAAUGGUUAGAUUUUAUAAACGUAUUGUAAUUGUGGGUUAUCAAGGAUUCUGUUCUGUCAAAGUUAUGAAAAAUUUCAAUGCUUAGUUCUGAAUUUAGGUGAAGGUAAUUAUGAGAUAAUAUUGAUAGAAUUUUCACUUUUUUUCAUUGUUUGGAGAUUUUCAAUUAGACCUUGGAAAAUUGGAAAGGACCUUAAACAUCACCUUGUCUGACAUCUUGUUCCUUGUAGGAAAUCCUUCUAUAACAACCUUUAACAGGUGUCAUUGAAUUUGAAUACUUAUAGUGACAGAACUCAUUCUAUUGUUGUACAGCUUUGCUUUUUAUUAUAUCAUAACUACUUCCUUGUAAUUUUCUUCUGUUGGUCUGUACUCUGGAUCAACAUGUUAAUCUACCCUUUUUUCUAUGUAAUAGGACUUCAAAUACUUGAAGGGAGCUGUUAUAUCUCCCGUUAGUCUUCUCUCUUCCAAGCUAAAUAAUCUAGUGUCUUUCAGUGACUUGUUUUAAUGUAAUUUUCAGAAUUUUUUUACCUUCCUUGAAAUAUACAGUUUGUUUAUGCUCAUACCAAAAAACACUGUCAAAAACAAUGAAAUAAUCCAGUUAUGGUCCAACAAGUAUGGAAGAAAAUGUAGAUGAAUUGAAGAAUGAAGAAUAUGAAGAAUAUACUGUGUUUCUACAAAUGAAUGCUAAAAUCACAUUAGCAUUCUUGGCAGCCAUAUCAUAUUGUCACCCUGUUAACUUGUGGUCAUACAAAAUCUUUGUUAUUUUCAAAAUAGCUACUUUCAAACCUAGCCUCCCAUAUCCUUAUUUAUUUAAGUGUUCUUUUAAUUAAAAUUUUUUUAUUCCUUUAAUGAAGAAGAGAUAAGAAUUAAUGAAGAAAAGAUAAGAAGAUGUGUUAAUUGAUGUGUAACAUUGUAAUUCCUCUAUUUAACUGCAGGUGCUGUUUUUGGUUUUAGAACUGAAUAGGAUGUUGCUACCAUAGUUCCCCACUUGGUUUGAUAAUCUAUUGUUAUCCCAGUUUAUCAUCUACCUUUCAAAUCAAUCCAGAAUUCCCUUAUUCAGAUUAUCUGAUCCAAGUAAACUAUCAGUCAGGUUUCUUCACUAUCACUCAAAAAAACUCCUGAGAAGAUUGUUUUUAAGUUGCCUUAGCUUCAUCCUCUUCCUUUUCACUCUUUACUUCUCCUAACCUAAAUUGUAACAGCAAUUAGCAAAGUGUUAUUCUUUUCUACAGCUUACACACACACACACACACACACACACACAAUCUUCCUGUAGCAGAGAAGAUAAAAUAUGUCACAUUUUUAAAUUAUUCGUGUUUUAUUGAAUCUAAAUAGGCAUAAGGAAAAAUUUGAAUUUUAUUUGUUUAGUAUGUAUUUUAUAUUUACAUCAUAAGUUAGGUGGUACAGUAUAUGAUAUCAUUGCACCUAGAAUCUGAAAGACCUAAAUUGAAAUCCAGCCUUAGAUGACAUUGCUUAAUAAUCUUGAGCAAGUCACUUAGUCACUGAACUUCCACUUACUUCAGUUUUCUCAUUUGUAAAAUAUUGAUCAUAGUACCAAGCUACCAGGGUUGUGGUAAGAAUAAAUAAUACAAUAUUUGCAAAGUAUUUUGUAUUAUUAUUUGUAUUAUUAUCAUCAGUUUUUUCAAAUACUAGUAAAACUUAUUUAAAAAAUAACUAGAAACAUCUUUCCCUUUGACUUGUACUAUCCUAUUCUGUCCUUUGCACAUAUUUAAUUCAUUAGUUAAAUUUUAUAUUGAUGUGUGUGUGUAUAAAUGUGUAUAAACAUGUAAAAUAGGAAAUUUGUAAAGCACUUUCAAACUUUUAAUAUUAGCUAGUAUUUUUAAUAAUAACUUGCAUUUAUAUAGCCCUUUAAGGUUUGCCAAACUAGGUUUGCAAAGUGCUUUACGUAAAUUAUCUUAUUUAAAUCCCAAAGCAACCUUGUAGAGUAAGUGCUAUCAUUAGAAACUAAGAAACUAAACUUUAUUAAUGAAUGUUUAAGUGACUUGCCCCAAAGAGAACAGAUAUAAAUAAUAAAGAACAAUUUCUAUAUGUGGGCCCCAAUCUUCCUCCUUCCCCCAAAAAGGGAAUCAUGUAGUGAAAAUCAAUACAUCUAAUGAUUUUCAUAACUCAUUUGAAAGUCCAGAACAUCUCAGAUUCACACUGAUAAUUUUAGACAAAGACUGCAUGACAUAUUAGGAGACUGCCCUAACUUAAAGGACCAAUAAAAAUCAGUUUAUUUUGUAAAUUACCUAAUACAAAGUAAGAAAUGAGGGGCAAGAACAUAUGAAACUAAAUCCCAAAAAUACCCUUCUAGCAAGAGGAUAAUGCCCAGUUUCUGGGUUGAUUAGCCUUGAUAUAUAUGGCAUCUUGAUGGUCUGGUGACAUACCAUUCAAAUCCAAUUCACAGUUUCCUUCAAGUCUUAACAAAAAUGUCUUAAGAGAAACCUUUCCAAAACUCCUUUAAUACUAGUGUCUUCCCUCUCAUUUUUCUCCAAAUUUAUCCUUUGUAUUUCUUGUUUGCACUGUUGAAAGGAAAAAUUCUUCAUUUUGGCUUUCACCCUGAUUAACAAAGCAAAACUCAGGACAAAAAAUUUAUAACAAGUAUGGCAAGGUAACAACAUGAUGGCAUUUCAAAUAUAAUGCUCAGCAAAAGAGUGGAACCCUUGCAUCUCAUUUCUGCCCAAAGAUAGCAAGAAUGUGACAAUUUGCAGGUAGGAAUAUGUGACAAAAAGCAGGUAGUACAAAAAACUGGAGACUGUUGUCUCUUUCACCAACAGAGCCUUCCCUAACACUGAAUAAGCAUGGCUGAGAAUAAUGGAAUACUGAGUUGUUGAAAAGGACCAAUGACAUUAGGAAGAGUAUGUUUUGACUUGCAAAUGACUUGGAUUUUUGUGAGGCAGAGCUAUACAAAGUCAUAAGCUUGACUCCUCUCCAGAGUCAUAGUCCAGUGGUAAGAUAUAAUUCAGGAUGACUGGUAUGGUCCUAAAUGCAGUAAGACCCUGGUCUUUUUAUGCUAAAGCCUUUCUCACCUUUUCUGAAGCAAUACCCAUUUAGUGAUUAAAAGCUAGGUUAGAAUUGAGGUGAAAGAUGGCAUAGUUUCCCAAAAGAAUCAAAAUGGAUAGAGAAAAUUAUCAAUUUCUGGCUAGAACAGAUACAAUUGCUAUUUACACUUAUUCUGAGCCAUCAAAAUGCAAACAAUAAGCAAGACUUGGACCCAUUACUGGCCAAUCAGUAAGACCCAGAGUGAUUGGUGUUUACAGGAAUAGUCAAGUAUCUCCAUUUGAAUCCCAGUGGGUUUUAUCAAAACCAAAGAGCUAUAAAGUUCAAAUAAUUAUGAAUAAAAACUACAGAAGACAAAAGGGUUGAUUUUCCCAGUUCAAAAACAAUCAUAGAAUAAAUAGGGAAAGAAAAAAAUUAGCACCCAAACCCCAAGAUAUUCUGAAAAGGACUAAAGAUCUCACUACAGUGAUAUCUUGAUUUGCAAGUGAAUUGGAUUUCAGUUAAGCAGAGGUGAUCUGUGCAAAGUCAUCAUCCUUAUUCUUCUCCAGAAUCACUAAUCCAGUGGUAAGGAUACUAAGUUACCAUAACUUUCAGCUAUACAUAGUUGCCCUUAUCUUGUCUCCCAUUAGACUGAUUUUUGCCUUUCUUUGUGUCUUCAGCACUUAGCAUAGUGCUGGAACUAGGCCCUUAAUAUUUGUUGACUGCCACCCACAGACACAAUUAUAUGCUGUCAUGCACUUUGUUUUCUAUGGCUUUUUGUCUCCUCAAUAAGAUGGCAUAUGUACUGUUAGAACAGAGAUUCUUAACCUUUUCUGGGUCAUGGACCCUUUUGGCAGUCUAAUGAAUCAUAUAGAUCCCUUCAUAUAAGAUUACAAAGGAAAGGAAGUCAGUGGUACCGAAAUAAAGAUGCAAUUUCUUUUCCAAGUGUGCAGACUCCCUGAAACCUAUCUACUGAUAGCCUUGAGUGUCUUUGGAUUUCAAGUUAAAAACAUUAAAUGAUAAGAAUUUGUGUCUAAUAAUUCAUACUUAUUACAAGUUUCUUACAUCAGUGGUUCUCAAACUUUUGUUGUACUCAGUAUCUUGAUAUUAAAAAUGAUUAAAGAUCUGUCAAAAGAGUUUUUUUGUUUAUGAGGGUUAUAUUUAUAGAUCUUUACCAUAUUAGAAAUAAAAUCUGAUUUUGAAUUUGUUGAUCAUCUGAAAGGGUUUCAGAGACCCCCUCAGGAUUCUGUGAGCCACAGUUUUGAGAACCAUUGUCUUAAAAGUGUUGGGGACGUAAAAAAUACUCAAGAUAUGUGUAUUUUUAUCUUUUAAAUAUUAAACAUGUAAAAUCCAUUGGGAUUAUUGUACAAGUAUUUGCAUUCAAAUAAAUUAGCCUCAAUGUUUAAAAUGCC